UUCUUUAACAAUCAACAGAUGGCCGUGAAAAUGAACUUGGCACCAAUACCACAAUCCUGCGUGCCGUCAAAUACCUGGCAAUGGGUACAACGGUGUUGCAUCUGUUUUCCUGUGUCUGGUUCUUUCUUGCUUGUGACAAUGUUGGGAUCCCUGAUGCGACUUGCAAAGCAACAAGCUGGGCCAUGGUUCUAGAGACAGGAGUUGACAAGGCAACAUUGUGGAAGAAAUAUGUGUAUACAUUGUACUGGGCAACAGCUACAGCUACCUCAACUGGCUAUGGUGAUGUCCAUGCCGUUACUAACACAGAGAAGUGGUUUUCCAUUGUUGCUAUGUUGAUGGGCUCCUCUCUUCAAAGGMUUGAGCUCAGGCUUCAAGCGGAUGUUAUCCCUUGUGAUCAGACCCAUGUUCUUUAUGCCAAACCAAGUGAUUGCCCACAAAGGAGAAAUUGGUCACCACAUGUUUUAUAUACACAAAGGCAAAGCAGAU